AAAAGGGCCAAGAGCCAGUUCAAGUUUAACGGCCCAACCAAUUCUCUCAUUUCAAAUGUUUUGAGUGCACACCGAGAGCCUUACCGUACCCACCUUGUCAUCAGACAACCUCAGGGGAACCCUGAGAUGCUUACCAUGAUUGGCAGAUAAUGGAAACAAUUCCCAAGCAUCUUAACAACCGUUGGGGUGUAUAAAGAGGCUUCAUUCCCUCGGACAAUGAACUUACAGUUCAUGAAAAUGUGAUUUCUCAGUAUAUGACCAUGCCUCCUUACGAACAUUCAUUCAACUCCGAUGCUUCCACCGAAGUCGGGUCUGGCUCAGUGGAUGCCAAGCUACCAACUGAAGAUAGUAUCACUCGCCGCUAUCAGAUCUCCAACACAGCUUGGCGGCAUCACUACAAUGUGAAAACCGCGCAUGAUCAACAGCUCUACAGGGUCCGUGUUUCCGAAAUGACACCAGGGAAGCCAGACCUUACUUUCCAUUCUGGGGUCGAUGACUCGGGUCCGAUCGUGGCAGUCGCCAAGUUCCAUCAUUUCUCACGAGGUGUUCGCAUCGGUCUGGGAAACCCUCAAGCACCGAGCGAGGUGGCUUGGGAGGAUCUUUCCGGUCAGAGUAAAACCCACAGUAAAUACCGUUGGGAAAUGAAUAUUUCAACGAAUGGUGACUCGCGGAGACAGUCUUUUCUUUGGAAGCGGACCCAUCACGUCGGCCUCGAAGAUCACAGUUUGACUAGGCUCAGCAACCGCAACUAUAAGUUGGUUGACGAGCAGAGCGGGAAUAUUCUAGCAAUGUUCAUGAGCACUGUGGCGACACCCGGGGCAAGUGGCACGCUCCAGCUCUAUGUGGACUACGGGCAACAGUUCGAUCUGAUGGUCCUUGCGACAGUUCUUUCUUUGUAUGAAAAAACAAGACGUCGUCGGAACAGGAGUGCUGGCGGUGGAGGCUGCUCGGGCCCAAGGUCUCGACAUGGCUGCCUCGAAUGUAAGCGCAGGCGGGUGAAAUGUGACGAGCUGCGGCCUGUUUGCUCCAACUGCUCGAAACGCAUGUCGCUGUGCGAAUAUGACUCUGCCAGUUCACUGCUCUGGACGAAUGAAGAGUCCCGGCCUCGUCCACGGCCGAAUAAGUCGGGAUCCGAAGGGCCUCAGGAACCCGAAUCCACCUUCUCCACGACUGCCAAUUCGCUCCGCAUCCUUGGGAAAUUAAACGGCGAUGACGAGCCUCAGUCAGUGGCUCGUCUCAACCUGAAUGACCUGGAGUUGAUGAUGCACUGGUGCAAUUCAACCUAUAAGGCACUCUCGAGAUUCGAGAAAACCGAUGCUAUUUGGCAGGCCCGUGUUCCUGAGGAAGCGUUAUCCCAUCCCUUUCUCAUGCACGGCUUGUUGGCGCUGUCAGCCAUCCAUUUGGCGCGGACAAGAGACGAGGUCAAACGUGCGGCCUACGUGAGCAUCGCCGUGGCGCAUGAAAACCAGGCUCUGGCUUUCUUCCGUGAGCAAUUGAGCGACAUCAACGCAUCGAAUGCCAAAGCCAUGUUUGCUUUUGCCAGUGUGGUUGUGGUCUACACUUUUGGUUUUCUUCAUCCCUCCCACGCCCCAGGAACGGACGAUCCGUGGGCAUCCAUCAAUGGCAUUCUGCAGGUGUUCACAUUGACCCGCGGUGUGCAGCAAAUCUUGCAACAAGCUACAUCGACCAUACGAAAUAGUGAUUGGGGGGCCCUUUUCCUAUUAGAUGACUACGAUGAUAUCCUUCCCGAGGAUGAGCGGUCGGCUCUGGACCGACUACACGAAGUGAACAACGCGUGCAAAGUUCAAGAUCCGGCCCAUGACUCGGCGGCCUAUGAGCACGCGAUCGAAAAUUUGGCAGACUUGAUGGCCGCCGCUCACCAUGGUGUGACCUCUGUGAGACAAGCCUGCAGGUGGGCGAUCAGGCUGAAGGCCGAAUUUGUACAACUCCUUCAGGAACAUCAGCCACUAGCGCUUGUUAUUGUGGCUUAUUACUGUGCAAUCCUCCAUCGCCUUCGCGAUGUAUGGUUCGUUGACGACUGGGGUAUUCGGGUUCUCAAGGCUAUUUGGCAAGUCUUGGAUGAUCAGUGGCGACCGUUGCUCAAUCAGCCCAUGGCAGGAACCUUUGGGGACACUUCACACUGAGCGGUUGUGAUUACGAAAGAUCCAUCGGCCAGAUCAUCCUUCUGGCUCAAGGAUUUGCACCAUCAACCUCGCUUUCAUCCUAUGGUGCAAUAUUGAACCUGCAUGGUGUGCGUACGAGGAUUUCUAAGAAUUGCUAGGCUACACAAGUAUCCCUUGCUGAAGGGAGAACAUGGAAACACUGAGCAAGUGUUAUAUUCGCAUGGAUACUGGCUGGCUUGAAAGUGCCGAGGAGAAAAUU